AUGGGGAAGGAGGAGAAGGAAGAAGUGAAGGGUGAGAAGAAAACAGAGGUAAUAACUGCAGUUUACAGAGUUCGUCUGCACUGUCCGCAAUGUGCACAUGACAUCCGGAAGCCUCUCUUGAGAACUCCAGGUGUUCACACUGUUGAUGUAAAAUUCGAGAAAGAUGAAGUCGAAGUGACAGGUGGCAUUGAUGCCAAGAUAAUCCACCAACGUUUAGAAAAAUGGAGUAAGAAAAAAGUGGAGAUAGUGUCACAUGCAAAGAAUAAGGAAGUUGAGAAAGAAAUAGAAGUAAAAAAGGAGUCAAUAAAGACGACCACAUUAAAGGUUUACAUGCAUUGCAACAAGUGUGAGCGUGACCUUAAGAGGAGAUUACUCUCCCACAAAGGAAUUCACAAUGUGAAAACAGACUUCAAGUCGCAAACUAUAACAGUGGAGACGGUGGCUGAGUCUGAGAAGAUCGCAUCAUACGUACGCAAAGCUUUGGGCAAACACGUAGAGAUCGUAACUGCAAAGAAGGAAGAGGAAAAGAAAGAAAAGAUUAUAGUUAAGGAAAAGAAAGAAGAGGUUAUGGUUGAGGAAAAGAAAGAAAAGGUUGUCGUUGAGACAAAAUCUGGUGAAAAAUUUGAGGAGUUUAAAGAAGUAAAUAAAGUGGAGGUGAAAGUGAAGGAGGGUGGAGGUGCUCCAUAUUUUAUUCAUUAUGUAUAUGCUCCUCAAUGGUUUAGUGAUGAGAAUCCUAAUGCUUGCCUUAUAAUGUAG